AUGGAGAUUGCCAAUACCAGCAAGCUUGAAUUCGAGGGCGUUGGCCUCAAGCAUAGAGGAAACGGGAUUUGGUUCAAGUACCUGUUUCUCGGCGACGAAGAUGAUCCUACGAACAACUACCUCUUUGUUCUCGCUCGUCAACAAAGCUUCUAUUCACCUGUGCAUCGCCACAACUUUGAUCAGUUUCGCUAUCCCACGCUGGGCAACAUUAAUAUACUCCCAGAAGUUGACGUCCGUCAAGGCGAACUUUGUUACCACCCCGAGGGUGUCCACUACGGCCCACAGGACGACGGCGACGAGCUCAAAGAGGUUCUGGUCCUCCAGUUUGGCGGCGCAAGUGGCCAGGGCUUUGUGAGCCAUGCAAAACUGGCAGAGAGUCAACAAAGACUUGCCAGCCAUGGUCAAUUUGAGCGUGGCAAAUUCAUUCGCCGAGCACAAAACAUCGAUGGAACUGGUUACGAUGAGUCGGAGCCCGUCGACGCUUUCCAGGCGCUAUGGGAGGACCAGACGGGCCGGUCGCUCGUAUAUCCAGAGGGUCGUUAUGACCGUAUCAUCAAGAUGCAGCCAAAUGCAUAUGCGUGGACCAAGAUGAAGGGCUACAGCGGGGUCUGGAAGAAGACUCUCGGGGUUUUCUCCGAGCGCGAGACAAGAGUGGAAGUGAUUAAGAUCGAGAAAGACAAUUGGAAAAUACCAGCUGAGGAUGCUACACACCUGUUUUAUUUGUUGAAAGGGGAGGGACUUGCUGACGGUAACGAUAUCAAAGCCGAAUGGGCUGGUAGAAUCCAAGCAGGCAAGGCUGCAGAGGUUAGCACGGAUAUCGAGCUACAGAUACUUCACUUCAAGUUACCCAUGCUAGCGCCGGAGAAUAGCUAG